UUUUCCUUUCUGUGAUUAUUCUUUAGCCAUUUGUGGAAGUGCGGUUUCCAGCUUUAGUAUCCUCUUACCCUUCAUAAGUCCCCUAAGGUUCAGAGAACGACUGAGAUGGGAGCCCAAGAGUGAAGAGAUCACAGUUCAGAUCAGAAGAACGGUAGAGAGAGAGAGAGAGAGAGAGAGAGAGAGAGAUGGUGAGGGGAAAGACGGAGGUGAGGCGGAUAGAGAACGCGGCCAGCCGGCAGGUGACCUUCUCCAAGCGCCGCAACGGCCUCCUCAAGAAGGCAUACGAGCUGUCCGUCCUGUGUGACGCCGAGGUGGCCCUCAUCGUCUUCUCCAGCCGCGGCAAGCUCUGGGAGUUCUGCAGCUCCUCCAGCAUCGAAAAGACGAUGGAUCGCUACUUGAUGCAAACAAAGGAUGUGAAUACCAAACACAGCGCAAUGACCCAAGAGAUGAAGGAUCUGAUGUCUGAGGCCACUAAUAUGACAAAGAAGAUUGAACUUAUUGAAGCCCAUAAAAGGAAGCUCCUUGGUGAAACUUUGGAAACUUGUUCAGCAGCAGAACUGCAUGAACUAGGGAAUCAGCUGGAGGAGAGCCUGAGACAAAUUAGGAAGAGAAAACAAUGCCUCCUAGCCGAGCAAAUCGCAGAGCUCAGAGAGAAGGAUCUCUGUUGUUUUAUGCAUGAAACCCAGGAGAAGAGCCUUUUAAAGGAGAAUAAAUUAUUACAUGAAAAGUUCAAGGGAGGAAAUAUGCUACGAUUAAAUGCAGCAGAGGUUCAAAGCAUGGAGGUAAACACACAGCUGAUGAUUGGGAGGCCAGCAACUCUCUGAAGUGACAAUACCUCAGAAUGCUCAUUGACCUUCGAUUUUAAGUAACCUACAUCUGUUAAUGCUGCUUCUAAGCACUGAGUUCUGUGGAUACACAAAUGUGUCUACGGCCAAAGAACCAUAAGGAAGUAAAGCUGAACUUAGAACACCUUAUGGUAGGUGAUGAAAUAAGUAAAUAUCAUGCUAAGAUUCAUGUAUCAGUCAGACUUGUUGAGCAAUGCUGAUUGCCUGCAAUAAAUUAGUAUGAUCCUUAGAUGUUGAACGGCA